CUUCUCCUCUUCCAAAGUUCCAUCCCUCCCUCACCUUCCCACACACCCAAAAGAAUCAAUGGGUGUGACUUCCAACAAAGUUGAAAGCCUCCCAAACACUACUACUACUACUCCAAUAUCAGUCCUAACAACACAACCUUUAGAAAUCCACAAAGUUUCUUUGCCACCAAAUAAAACCACCUUUCAAUCCAUCAAACAAAGCUUCUCUGAGUUCUUCUUCCCUGAUGAUCCUCUACACCAAUUCAAAGACCAAUCUCCAUUCAAGAAACUCAUUCUUGCACUCCAAUACUUGUUUCCUAUCUUUCACUGGGCCCCUGAAUACAAUCUCAAGCUUUUCAAGUCUGAUGUUAUCUCUGGCCUCACCAUUGCUAGUUUGGCCAUCCCUCAAGGUAUCAGUUAUGCAAAACUUGCAAACUUGCCUCCCAUUAUUGGCCUAUACUCAAGUUUUGUGCCACCAUUGAUAUAUGCUGUUCUUGGGAGCUCAAGAGACCUUGCUGUUGGUCCAGUUUCUAUUGCAUCCUUAGUUAUGGGGUAUAUGUUAAGGGAUCAAGUGUCCCCUGACCAAGACCCUGUCCUUUAUUUACAGCUUGCUUUCACUGCUACUUUCUUUGCUGGUGUUUUCCAGGCAUCUCUGGGUUUUCUGAGGCUGGGUUUUGUGGUUGAUUUCUUAUCAAAACCAACUCUGAUUGGAUUCAUGGGAGGUGCUGCCAUUAUUGUUUCACUUCAGCAACUCAAAGGUUUGCUUGGUAUCAUUCACUUCACUAAUAAGAUGAGCUUUGUCAGUGUCAUGGAAUCAGUUUUUGGAAAAACAUCAGAGUGGGCAUGGCAAACAAUUCUAAUGGGAUUUUUCUUCUUGGUGUUAUUACUGAUUGCAAGGCAUAUUAGCAUGAGAAGGCCAAAACUCUUCUGGAUAUCAGCAGCAGCUCCACUAACUUCAGUGAUCCUUUCCACAACCAUUUCAUUUAUCAUUAAAGCUCAAAACCAUGGAAUUCAAACGAUUGGGCAUCUGCAGAAAGGACUGAACCCUCCUUCAGCAAAUCUACUCUGUUUUCAUGGGAAUUACUUGAGUUUGGCUAUCAAAACUGGAAUUGUAACUGGGAUUUUAUCUCUCACUGAAGGCAUAGCUGUUGGAAGAACCUUUGCUUCUCUGAAAAACUAUCAGGUUGAUGGAAACAAAGAGAUGAUGGCCAUUGGGAUUAUGAACAUGGCUGGUUCUUGCUCAUCAUGCUAUGUCACAACAGGAUCAUUCUCAAGAUCAGCAGUGAAUUACAAUGCUGGUUCACAGACUGCAGUGUCUAACAUUGUGAUGGCAUCAGCAGUGAUGUUCACAAUGUUGUUUCUGAUGCCACUAUUCUAUUACACACCAAAUGUUAUCUUGUCAGCCAUAAUAAUAUCUGCAGUCAUUGGACUCAUUGAUUUCCAAACUGCUGUCAAGCUUUGGAAGGUGGACAAACUUGAUUUCUUGGCUUGCAUGUGUGCUUUCUUUGGAGUUCUCUUCAUCUCUGUUCAAAUGGGUCUUUUGAUUGCGGUGGGAAUUUCUAUGUUUAGAAUUCUAAUACAAGUGACAAGGCCAAACACUGUGAUUUUGGGAAAUAUUCCAGGGACUCAAAGCUAUAGAAAUAUGGGACAGUAUGGAGAGGCUAGAAGAGUUCCUUAUUUUCUCAUUCUCAGCAUUGAAUCUCCAAUUUACUUUACCAAUUGCAUGUACCUUCAAGAAAGGAUCAUGAGAUGGGUGAGAGAAGAGGAAGAGAGAAUCAUUAGGAUGAAGGACUGUGAACUGAAAUGCAUUGUUUUGGACAUGGCUGCUGUAACUGCACUAGAUACAAGUGGAAUGGAAGUACUGUCAGAGAUGAAGAAGGCAUUGGAUAAAAGAUCUCUUCAGCUUGUUCUUGCAAAUCCUGUCGCAAAUGUGAUAGAGAGGCUCCAUAGAUCAGCGAAAACCUGGGAAGUCUUUGGAUCAGAUAGCAUUUACAUGGACGUCGAAGAGGCUGUUGCUUCAGUCUCUUCUCUUUUGAAGUACCAGCCUUGAAAGAGAUGCUUGGUUUCAAAGUUUUCAGAGUUUCUAAUCCUGUAGCAGAGAGAGUUUGACUACAAUGAAGAGUAGUAGUUUUGUUCAAUGUAGUGGUUGCUUUAAGACAAUGAAGCAAUAACAAUUCUGUUAUGUUUUA